CGCUGUCGUGGCGGAAGCUAAACACUUCCUGGGCCGCCGGAUAUGAACCGGGAGCGGACAUGCUGUAUGGUUUCCACCGUCACCGACAUGCGGCUGACUUCUGGCGGAUUCUCCGCGGCUCCGUGAUGAUCUAAGGAGAGAGAAACCACCGCAUGAGUCAGCUUUCCUGAAGAUGACACAUGUUUGUCCAACAACAGCACCAAGAACUGGACCUUUCUCGGACUGGAGUUAACCUACAAAUGGCCUGCCAGUCUGCUGGAGCAGUCAUGGACGAGCAGGCUCUACUGGGGCUUAACCCGAACGCUGACGCCUCAUACAGGCAGCGGGCCCUGGCUUACUUUGAGCAACUCAAGGAUUCUCAGAAUGCCUGGGAGGUGUGUGCUGAUGUCCUCGCCAAAGGGCUUUACAGUGACGACCACGUCAAGUUCUUCUGCUUCCAAGUGUUAGAACAUCAGGUGAAGUUCAGACAUGCUGCCCUGAGUGCAGCUCAGCAGCAGCUGAUCAGAGAGACGCUGAUGACGUGGCUCCAGUCUCAGCUGAUGAACGCUCAGCAGGAGAAGUCCUUCAUCAGGAACAAGGCAGCUCAGGUGUUCGCCCUCACCUUCAUCAUGGAGUACCUGACUCUCUGGCCCAAGUUCUUCUUUGACAUUCUGUCCCUGGUGGGUCUGAACCCGCAUGGCAUCGACAUCUACCUGAGGACGCUGAUGGCGAUCGACGCUGAAGUGGUGGACAGGGACAUCCUGCACACACCAGAGGAGACUCGUAGAAACACUCUGAUUAAAGACACCAUGAGGGAGCAGUGCAUCCCGAGCCUGGUGGAGUCCUGGUUCCAGAUCCUGACCACAUACCAGCGCUCCCAGCCGGAGCUCACCUGUCAGUGUCUGGAGGUGGUGGGGGCGUACGUGUCAUGGAUCGACUUGAACUUCAUUGCCAACGACCGGUUUGUGAACGUGCUGCUGAGUCAGAUGUCCAUGGAGGAGCUCCGAGAGGAGGCCUGCGACUGCCUGUUCGAAAUCAUCAACAAGGGAAUGGACCCGGUGGACAAAACCAAGCUGGUGGAGUCUCUGUGCCGAGUUCUGCAGUCGGCCGGGUUCUUCAAUGUGGAGCAGGAGGAGGAUGUGGACUUCCUGGCAAAGUUCUCACGACUGGUGAACGGAAUGGGUCAGAGUCUGGUUCUGAGCUGGACCAAACUGGUGAAAGCCGGAAAUGUGAAGGAGGCCACGGAGACUCUGCAGGCGGUCGAGGCCAAAGUGCCGCUGUUGCUGCAGCUGCUGGUCCAUGAAGACGACGACAUCUCUUCCAACAUCGUGGGCUUCUGCUACGACUACCUGAACGUCCUCAAACAGCUUCCUCAGCUGACCGAGCAGCAGAAGGCAAACAUCGAGGCUGUCAUGCUAGCUGUGAUGAAGAAACUGACCUACGACGACGAGUACAACUUUGAAAAUGAGGGUGAGGAUGAGGCCAUGUUUGUGGAGUACAGGAAGCAGCUGAAGAUGCUGUUGGACCGACUAGCUCAGGUAUCUCCUGAACUGCUGCUGGAAGCUGUCCGCAGGAUCUUCACCAACACCAUGCAGGCGUGGCAGACAACUUCCUUCAUGGAAGUGGAGGUGGCCAUCAGGCUGCUUUACAUGCUCGGCGAAGCGCUGCCAGCGUCUCAUGGCGCUCACUUCUCCGGCGACACGGCGAAGACGAGUGCUCUGCAGGACAUGAUGAGGACGCUCGUGUCCUGCGGCGUUAGCGGCUACCAGCACUCCUCCGUGUCUCUGGAGUUCUUUGAAACGGUGGUGAGAUACGAUAAGUUCUUCAUCGUGGAGCCUCAGCACAUCCCUAACGUUCUGAUGGCGUUCCUGGACCAGAGAGGACUGAGACACAACAGCCCAAAGGUUCGGAGUCGCGUGGCGUACCUGUUCUCCAGGUUCAUCAAGACGCUGCAUAAACACAUGACCGCCUUCAUCGAGGAUGUCCUGACCAGGAUCCAGGACCUGCUGGAGCUCAUUCCUCCUGAGAACGGCUUCCGGGCGCUGCUGACCAGCGAUGACCAGCUCUUCAUGUUUGAGGCUGCCGGCGUGCUGAUUGUGAGCGGCGAGAGUCCCGUGGACCAAAAGCAGGCGCUGAUGAGGAGCCUGCUGACGCCGCUGAUGGAUGCUUUCCGCCUGCUGCUCGCCAAACUGCUGCAGGAGACGGAGGAGGAGCGGCAGGUUGCCCUCGCCGACUGUCUGAGCCACGCUGUCGGCUUCGCCAGCCGAACCAGUAAAGCGUUCAGCAACAAGCAGACGGUGAAGCAGUGCGGCUGCACCGAGGUCUACAGGGACUGUCUCCAGAGCUUCCUUCCUGCACUAAGCUGUCCGGUCCAGCGGGGGGUGCUGCGCAGCGCCGUGCGCUCCUUCCUGCACCGCAUGAUCAUCUGCCUGGAGGAGGAGGUGUUGCCUUUCUUCCCUGCUGCCUCUGAGCACAUGCUGAAGGACUGCGAGGCCAAAGACCUGCAGGAGUUCAUCCCCCUCAUCAGCCAGAUCACAGCCAAGUUCAAGCGGCAGGUGUCCCCCUUCCUGCAGCAGAUCUUCAUGCCACUGGUGCUUGCCAUCUUCGAGGUUCUGGCGAGGCCAGCCGAGGAGAACGACCAGACGGCGGCGCUGGAGAAGCAGAUGCUGAGGAGGAGCUACUUCGGCUUCAUCCAGGCCAUCACAGGAAGUGGAAUGAACGAGGUGAUGGCCAAUCAGGGAGUUGAGAACAUUGAGAGGGUUCUGUUCACCAUCAUCCAGGGCGCCGUGGAUUUCCCAGACCCCGUCGCCCAGAAGACCUGCUUCAUCAUCCUGUCCCGGCUGGUGGAGCUGUGGGGAGGGAAAGACGGCAUGGCGGGCUUCCCUGACUUCAUCUACAAACACAUCGUCCCAGCGUGUUUCCUGGCACCUCUCAAGCCGACCUUUGACCUCUCUGAUGCUCAGACGGUGCUGACGCUCUCGGAAUGCGCGCUGACGCUGAAAAUGAUUCAUCUGAAACGGGGUCCCGAGUUCCUCCAGUUCCUGCAGCACGAGUACCUGCCGUCCCUCCAGGUCACUCCGGAGAUCGCACAGGAAGUGUGUCAUGUGCUCCAGCAGCCUGACGUGAAGGUGCUGAAGAACUACAUCAAGGUGUUUUUCCAGAGAGCCAGGCUGUGAAGCCGGACCGCCAUCCGCACCGCCAGACAGGAAGCAGAAAACUCGCCGUGCAGCAGGAAGGAACUCAUCCUACAGCUUUUGCACUUAACAAGAAAACGUUGGAGGCGUGAGUCGGAGAGGGGUAAAUCCCGGGAACCGGAGCGAGGAGCUGCUCGAUGGAAGGUUCUGAAGCUGAAGAACCACACAUCCAGAUGUUUGCUGCUGCAGGACAGAAACGGGCUGAAUGAGAACUUUACUGAGUUGGCGUGUGACGUGCUUUGCUUUGAUCUCUAGCUCGCAGCGACUCGCUCUUCCGUCUGUUUCCUGAUGUCGGAACGCCGAGAGGAUCUGUUGUUGCUUUGGAAGUUUGCCACAAUAAUGAAGCUGAAUCAGAACCAAGUGUAAAUAAGAGAUGGUGUUAAAAUGUAAAUAAAUUUCAGAUGUUUAGUUUUUAAAAACCUCUGAAGGGCGAGGAGAGAACGUUCUCCGGUUCCACUUUUCUCCUGAACUUUCAGGUGUUUUCAUUUGUGAAGCAAAUCCCAACGGAACUCUGAAUCCACCUCCUGAACUGGACUUCCUGUGUUUCAUCAGAGCUGACCUUUUAUUUAUUUUGCUUUUUUUUAAAUAUAUAAUUUACAAAACUUGUUUAGUUAAAUAAUUCUUGAUUUUGUCUUCAUUAUUCAUCUUAGUUCAGUUUAAUAAAUAUCAAAUACUGAA